ACAUAGGAAGUAAUGAUCGGCUGUCCGGACAACGCAAAAAGAGGAAAAGGGGCCGAGGAAGGAAGCGACACAAUAAUGACAUCCAAGCUCCGACCACCGGCGGACUGAGAGCUGAAGAUCCCACAUCUGCGUUUUAGUGAGGCUGUGUAAACCGUAGCUUCAGUUUCCUGUUCUUGGCUGACAGGAGAGACACCUGGUGUGGUCUUCUGCUGCUGUAGAGAUCCAAAAGUUUCUGGCACAACUUCACCUACUUCCAAGGUCACUCCAAGCCUGGUUCCCCCAUGCCUGCUUCUCCAGGCUAUACUCGACUUGAGCAUAAUGAGCCUAUGAACCCGCUGCGUAUCUCCGUAGGAGGUCUCCCCAUGUUGGCUUCCAUGGCCAAUGCCACCGACCCCCGGUUCCGCCUUAAGUGGAGGCCCAUCGUGGCAGUAGCUGGCUCUGUGGCCUUAAUCCUGCUGCUUUUCAUGCACUUCAGCUCGGGCUUACGGUACCGCUCCUAUGGCUCACGCAGCUGGAGAGUCAACCCGAGCGAAGGCCACCAGUCGGAUUUGCAGUACAACGACACCUACCCCCUCAGUCCACCCGAGCGCACGCCGCAGGGCACCCGCUAUCGCAUCGGCGUCAUCGCUGACCUGGACACCAGCUCUCUCAGCGACAAGAAGAUGACGUGGUUCAGCUACAUGCGGCGGGGGUACCUGCUGGUGUCAGAGAGCGGUGACAAGGUGGCCGUUGAAUGGGAUGCUGACAGGGUGGUGCUGGAAAGCCACCUGUCGGAGAAAGGCAGGGGCAUGGAGCUGUCUGAGCUGGUGGUGUUUAAUGGGAAGCUUUACAGUGUCGAUGACAGAACUGGUGUAGUCUACCAUAUAGAUGGAGAAAAGGCUGUGCCCUGGGUCAUCUUACCCGAUGGCGAUGGCAGCGUUGCAAAAGGAUUCAAAGCUGAGUGGCUGGCAGUGAAGGACGAGCACCUGUACGUUGGUGGUCUCGGGAAAGAGUGGACCACCACUGAAGGCGAAUUUGUCAACAACAAUCCAGAAUGGGUGAAAGUCGUGGGCUUCAGAGGCGACAUACAGCACAAGAACUGGGUUCCCAAGUACAAAUCCCUGAAGUCCGCCGCAGGGAUAGAGCAACCAGGCUAUUUGAUUCACGAGUCUGCAGCAUGGAGCGACACCCUACAGCGCUGGUUUUUCCUUCCUCGCCGCGCGAGCAGCGAGCGCUACGAAGAGACGGCGGACGAGAGACGCGGCACGAACCUCGUCCUUAGCUGCUCGCCAGAUUUCAAUGACAUCAAAGUCAGCCGAGUGGGUGUACUUAAUCCUACCCACGGUUUCUCCUCUUUCAAGUUUGUCCCCAACACCGAUGACCAGAUCAUCCUGGCGCUCAAGUCUGAAGAGGACGCUGGGAAGAUUGCCACGUACAUUAUGGCCUUCACACUUGAUGGGCGCAUCCUUUUGCCUGAAACUAAGAUCGGGGAUGUAAAAUACGAGGGCUUGGAGUUUAUAUAGAGGGCUCAGACACAGAGACACUCACACUUGAGGCCACUUCACUGUGGUUCUAGUUUGUUUACAGUCACUGUUGAACUUUUUGCACUCGCUGCUUCCUCAUUGAGUCUAAAACACAUAACUCCAACCAUUGAAGCGACAUCGUCAAUACAAAUAAAAGAACUAACGGCUGAAAGAGUAAAGUUUCAAGAAUGUGCGGAUCUGGUUGUGGUGGACCGCGUUCUUCCUAGGCCAAAUGUGGGCUUAAACAGUACUGUAGCCUUUCUUAUAAUGAAUGUACAAAAGCUAAUUUAUCAGACUGUGAUUUGCUUUGGUUUUUUUCCCUGAAAAAUGCAUCUUUAUGCACACACUAUACACACUCAGAAGGUCUAAGGUUUUUUCCCCUUUGCUCCGUUUUCCAUAGUAUCACUCUGUCCACACGAUUAUUGUCAGUGGGAUAGCAAAAGCCUUGUUUUUAAUCCUGUAUAUUGUUUGAAGACUGUUUUGGUGAUUUUAUCCUAUGGAGUUUUGUUUUGGGUUUUUUGUGUAUGUGUGUGUGUGUGUGUGUGUGUGUG